UGUAUCUCAUUGUCUGGCUUUCAUCAUAGACUCACAUUUCCUACCUGUCACCACAAGGGGUGUCCAGGACACAUUAUGAACAUGAAGCUUCAGUAACCAAGCUGUACAGAGUAGUCUAGCAGUUUAGCCCUGAGUGAUUCUGAGAAAUUGGAAGAGAGAUUUUUUGCUGCUGCUCUUCAGGGAUUGCUGCUGUUAGGGAGGGGUAGGGGAUGGGGAGCAGGUUUGGAGGUGUGUAUUCAUGUUUGAAAGGAUGCAGGGUGCAUUUGACUGAGGAGUCUAGGCUCUGAGAAGCCUUUAGUGAGAGAGAGAAAAAAAAAAAAGGGAGAGGGAGAGUGAGGGAGAGAGACGAGGACGACGGAGGCAGAGAGAAGAGGAACAAAAAUAGGACUGAAGAGAGCAGCUGCUUCCUAAUAAUCUGGUUCUUUGGGUGCCUCAAUGAAUAUGAACAUGGAUUCUGUCACUGAAGCCUUCCUCAAGCUCCUGUUUCUCUUAUCUAUUCAAAAUUGGAGCCCAGUAGUAUCAGGAAAUAUACAUAAUUGUGAUGACCCACUGGUUUCAGCUUUGCCUCAGUCAUCAUUCAGUUGUUCCUCAGAGCUAUCUAGCAGCCAUAGCCCUGGGUUUGCAAGACUUAACCGAAGAGAUGGAGCUGGUGGCUGGUCUCCACUUGUGUCAAAUAAGUAUCAGUGGCUACAGAUUGAUCUUGGUGACAGAAUGGAAAUCACUGCUAUUGCUACCCAAGGUGGAUAUGGGAGUUCUGAUUGGGUAACAAACUAUCUCCUGAUGUUUAGUGAUAGUGGAAGGAACUGGAAGCAAUAUCGUCAAGAAGAAAGCAUCUGGGGAUUUUCAGGAAAUACAAAUGCAGACAGCGUUGUAUACUAUAAACUCCAACAUUCCAUCAAAGCUAGAUUUCUACGCUUCAUCCCUCUGGAUUGGAACCCAAAUGGCAGGAUUGGGAUGCGAAUUGAAGUGUAUGGUUGUUCAUACAGGUCUGAAGUGGUGGAUUUUGAUGGGAAAAGUUUCUUGCUCUACAGAUUUGAUGAAAAAUCCACAAAUCCCUUAAAAGACGUGAUUUCUUUCAAAUUUAAAACAAUAGAAAGUGAUGGGAUUCUGCUCCACAGAAAAGGACAAAAUGGAGAUUACAUCACCCUGGAAUUAAUAAAAGGAAAACUCUUCUUAUUCAUUAAUUCAGGUGAUACUAAACUGCAUUCUACUAACAGCCUCAUUAACAUCACCACGGGCAGCCUCUUGGAUGAUCUGCACUGGCAUUCUGUCCUUAUUGAGUACUUUAAUAAACAAGUAAACUUUACUGUGGAUAAACACAUUCAACAUUUUCAUGCAAAGGGAGAAUUCAAUUACUUGGACCUAAAUUAUGAGCUCAGCUUUGGAGGGACUCUAGCAGCUGGAAAAUCAGUAUCAUUUUCCCAUAGGAAUUUCCAUGGCUGUUUUGAAAAUCUUUAUUGUAAUGGAAUUAAUAUAAUUAAUUUGGCCAAGAGACAGAAACCUCAGAUCUACAUUAUGGGAAAUGUGUCAUUUUCUUGUUCACAACCACAAACCGUUCCAGUAACUUUUUUGGGCUCUGGCAGCUACCUAGCACUACAUGGUUCCUCUGGGCAGGAUGAAAUAUCUGUGAGUUUUCAAUUUCGCACUUGGAAUAAAAUGGGACUUCUGCUAUCCAAUAACUUUCAUCAGUAUUCUGGAGGUCUCCUCCUCUAUCUUCAUGAUGGAAAAAUUAAACUGAAUCUCUUCAAAUUAGGAAAACAACAAAGUGACAUAACAGCAGGAGUUGAAUUAAAUAAUGGGCAAUGGCAUUCAAUUUCCUUAUCUGCUAAAAGAAAUCACCUGAGUAUAAUGAUAGAUAAUGAUGCGACUUCAGUCCUGCAUUUUGUGCUGCCAAUGCAGAUUUAUUCAGGAGACAUCUAUUAUUUUGGAGGUUGUCCUAAUACCAGCUCUGACUACGAAUGUAAAAAUCCUUUUGGUGGUUUUCAAGGAUGCAUGAGACAGAUUUCCAUUAGCAACAAAGUUGUGGAUCUGAUUUCAGUACAACAGAGCAUCUUUGGGAAUUUCAGUGACCUUCAGAUAGACUUAUGUGGCCUAAUAGACAGGUGUUUACCUAACUAUUGUGAACAUGGUGGUGAAUGCUCACAAUCAUGGAACAGUUUCUAUUGCAACUGUACAAAUACUGGUUACAUGGGAGCUACUUGUCAUUACUCCAUCUAUGAGCAGUCCUGUGAAGCCUAUAAGCACAAAGGGAAUACUUCUGGUUUUUACUAUAUCGAUUCAGAUGGAAGUGGGCCCCUGGGACCUUUUCUUGUAUACUGCAAUAUGACAGAUACUGCAUGGACUAUUGUACAGCACAACAGCUCAGACUUCACCAGAGUAAAAAGUUCCAAUAGAGAAAACCCUCAUACUGUGUUUUUCAAGUAUACUGCCAAUACAGAACAGCUCCAGGCUACAAUUAACCAUGCAGAACAUUGUGAACAGGAGCUUGCUUACCAUUGCAAAAAGUCCAGGCUUUUAAAUAAGAGAGAUGGAAUACCAUUAAGUUGGUGGGUCGGAAGAACCAAUGAAACACAGACUUAUUGGGGAGGUUCCUUGCCUGAUGUUCAAAAGUGCACUUGUGGAUUACAAGGGAACUGCAUUGAUUCUCAGUAUUACUGCAACUGUGAUGCUGAUCGGAAUGAAUGGGCUAAUGAUACUGGAUUCCUUUCCUAUAAAGAGCAUCUGCCAGUAACUCAAAUAGUAAUUACAGAUACAGACCGACCAAAUUCUGAAGCAGCUUAUAAACUGGGGCCAUUGCUUUGUCGAGGUGAUAGAUCAUUCUGGAAUUCAGCUUCCUUCAAUACUGAGACAUCAUACCUUCAUUUCCCUACCUUCCAUGGAGAACUUAGCGCAGAUGUGUCUUUUUUUUUUAAGACAACAGCUUCAUCAGGUGUAUUUUUAGAGAACCUGGGGAUUAAAGACUUUAUAAGGAUAGAACUACAUUCUCCAGCUGAAGUGACAUUUUCAUUUGAUGUGGGGAAUGGACCAUUUGAAGUUAUGGUGCAAUCACCCACUCACCUCAAUGACAAUCAGUGGCACUAUGUCAGAGCUGAAAGAAACAUUAAAGAAGCAUCACUUCAAGUGGAUCAGCUUCCACAAAAAUCACAGGCUGCCCCCAUUGACGGACAUAUCCUUUUGCAGCUCAACAGUCAGCUAUUUGUUGAGAUUUCUGCAUAUUUUGGAUCUGGCUCCUCAGUGACUUACAAUUUUCAAGAAUAUUAUACUUUAAGUAAAAAUUCCAGCUCUCAUGCUGCUUCAUUUCAUGGUGACAUGACACUCAUCAGAGAAACAAUCACAUUUAGCUUUCGAACAACGCGGACUCCAAGCUUGUUGCUUUAUGUAGGCUCCUUCUAUAAGGAAUACCUUUCAGUUAUUCUUGCAAAAAAUGGAAGUUUGCAAAUCAGGUACAAAUUAGAUAGCCAACAAGAGCCAGAUGUUUUUAACAGCAAUUUCAAAAAUAUGGCUGAUGGACAGCUUCACCAUGUGAAGAUUAACAGAGAAGAAGGUGUACUAUUUGUAGAGGUUAACCAGAAUCCAAGAGAGCAAGUCACUCUGUCCUCUGGUAUAGAAUUCAAUGCAAUCAAAUCCCUUGUUCUUGGCAAGAUUUUAGAAAAUAAUGAUGUCGACCAAGAGACAAUGAAAGCCAACUCACAGGGGUUCAUUGGAUGUCUCUCUUCUGUGCAGUUUAACCACAUUGCUCCUUUGAAGGCUGCAUUACAUCACACAAGUUCAGCUCCAGUCACUAUUAAAGGGCAUGUAGCUGAAUCAAACUGUGGCACUUUAACUGGAGCUGAGUCAACACUGAGUGAAACAACACAUUCAUUUGCAGAUCAUUCUGGACCAAUAGAUGAGGGAGAGCCCUUAGCUAAUGCAAUCAGAAGUGACUCUGCAAUAAUUGGAGGUGUGAUAGCAGUUGUGAUAUUUAUCUUGCUUUGCAUCACUGCCAUUGCAGUACGGAUUUAUCAACAGAAAAGCUUGUAUAAAAAAAAUGAGACAAAGAGGGCAGAAAAUGAAGACUGCACUGAGACUGCCCUGAAAAGUGAGCUCACCAUGCAAAAUAGAGUUAAUGAAAAUCAGAAAGAAUAUUUCUUUUGAUUGGAAUUUGAUUUAAUUUAAUACUAUGAUAGUUUGACUUUCUUGCUAAGCCAGGGGCUCUCAAUGGACAAAAAAGAAAAAAAUAAAAUAAGCUCUUGCACUCAAACUUAAUGCAGUGGAUUUGCAGAACUCUUUUACUGCAUAUGUUUCAGUCUCAGUGAUUGCUCUAGGAGGCCUCUUUCAAUGACAUAUAUUCCUUAACUAUCAUAAAUGCAUUUUAUGUAACAGUGAAUUAGAUAUUGUAAACAAUUUCAUUGUUGGUAGUUUCUGACCGUUCUGAUGUGUUCCUCUACAUCUGAAGUUUAACAUGUAUAAUGCAUAUGGCUUUUAAAUGGGAGAAUUGUUAUGAACCUGUUGCCCUAUCCUCUUUUAAAAUGAAAUUAAGGAGUUUUGUUCAAGGACAAAAUUCAAAGUUUAACAAUGAUGCUUUAAGUUAAAUGACUUUUUUUUUUUUGACUGUGCUCCCUUUAGUUAUCCUUUAUGUAUGAAAAAUAGAGUGGGAAAAGUUAAUUGACUGGUGUGAGUACCUCAUUGUGAGUGAUAACAAAGUGACCAGGAACUCUGUUAGUUCUCCCUAUAAUAUCAUCAAUAUUAUGCAUUAUUCGAUUGAAUAUAUAAUUUUGUUUUUGUUUGCUUGUUUGUUUUAUUAAGAUGGGGUAAAAUCAAUGUUGGAUGUAAAAUAAGUGUAGCCAAAAUGUACAAAAAUGGAUUCUUGAUACAUUAGGUUGGUUUUUCUUUUUAGUAAUUUGUUAUCUCAGUUUGUAGAUGGCGGUCAGUUUAGAGAUUGACAACUAUUAAACACAUGUAGAGUGUAUGAUUUUUACCCUACAUUGAUUGCCUGAUUCAUAUACUUCUUAGUUCUUUGCAAAAUUAAUCUGUCUCCACCUAUAAUUAAUGGAAAUAUAAUCACAAAUAUUUUCCUCAAGCAUACAAAAUGACCAUGUUGAUUGACUUUUCCUAAAGUUUGUUAUAUUUCUGCUAUUAUUUUAGCGCAUAAUUGAAUUCUUAAAAUGGCCUGUCAUAUACUACUUUAUUAAUGUAAAUCUCCAAUUCCAUUUCUGAAUGCUGUUUUGUUUCCAAUCAUAUGUUGCCUAUGUAUUAGAUAUUUUCUCAUUCUUUUCUUCACAAUAUUUUAUUGCUUUGGCAUUUCUUGGAACAAAAGAUAUAAUGGCACAGCUAAUCUUAUUUCUAAAAAAAAUAUUGCGAGGGAGAAAGCAUAUUGUUAUACUAUCUUCCUUAAAUUUACUUAUCUGAACCAUCUUUAUGUAUGACUACAACGCUUCCUCAUUUGAAAGACAAUAUGAAUUAUUACUGAAUAUAUUUUCAUCGUGAUAUAUAAAAUAUAUGAGGCAAAAAUUUUAAGUGUAGUGUUCUGGGGAUAGUUCUAUAGUAAUCAGGCAAAGAUGAUUAGAAAAUUGCAUGCUACCAUCCUUUGGAUUUCAAAAGCCACUUAAGAAGAGGUGCUAUACUAUCUUUCUCUCUUAUGUUGUGCCUGCCAAGUAGAAUCUUUAAUUUCUUCACACCAGGACAAGUAGGAAACAUAUCUCCAUUCCAAUGAACUCUUUUAAAAAAGUUAUUUUUUCCCAGACAGAAUAAAAACAAAACCUAUUUUUAUUGUUGUUUUUUUCAGAGGUGACUUGAUUUCUUUCAUUGCAUUAUGUUUAUACUGAUGUUGCUUUGAAAGUAUAUAAAACAACAAUAAUAACUAAGGAUUCUAAUUAAUGCGAUAAUUUUAAAAUAAAAGAAAAAGGGAGAUGUCAUUAUGAAGGAUAGAUUUAGUUUCCUCCAAAGUUUUGUACUGGUUAGGAAAAGAAUUUACAAAGUAAAUAUACAUUUUGUCAGUGACAUUAAUGUCUAUAAAUGUUAUAAUAUCACUGUAUCAUUAGCAGGGAGCAAAUGUUAAUUUUAUCCCAUAGAAGCAUUAACUGGAUUAAGAAUUGAAGUUUUAAACAGGUUCAUAUUUGAAGAAGCAGCAGAGCUCUUUGUUGGCUGCAUUCCUAGAGGGACAACAAAAUGGUGGCACCAAAGUGCAUUGAAGCAUAACAUACCAUCCAGUUGUCCCUUCAUUGGCCUUCCUUUCCCAAUUUGUAACCUUUCUCCUCUUGUCUGUUAAUAAUAAUAAAAAAGCAUUUUUGAAAUAAAAUGAGGUAAUAUUUUUAAAAGUUGUAUAAAUGUUUUAAAUUGGGGAAAUAUAUACUAAUUUUUUUCUAAAACAGUAAAACUUGUAGAUGUGCGCUUUCUA